UAAUAGGAACCUGCCUUUGUGCCCUCUCGCGUGCGCUUUAACUGCUAGGUUUUUUAAAUGUAAACUAUUGGUAAACACUCCUCAAUGUAUCCAAACAUGUUUCAAAAGAGCAAGCGCUUCCCAGUCGUUCAUUUUGGAGGACAAGCAGUGAUGUCACACAGCUGAGGACACUCCCACUCAAUAUGGAGUCUGGAGAACGGCUGGCCUCGCCUUCCACCACCCCGGCCUCCGUCCACACCGCCACCUCUACAUCGUCAUCUUCCUCCUCUUCCUCAUCCACAGCAGCCUCCAAUGUGAAGAGCAGCCUGAACCACGCAGCCACGGCCUCGCUCGGCACAUGCGGUCCAAUGUUUGGGUUGACGGGCGGUGACCAGCCCUUCAACGUCAGCUCAGUGACCUCUCUGCCCAGUGCGUACCCGCUCAUGGCCCACCCAGCCUUUGGUCUGCUAUCACCGGCGACAGCCCGCCCAGAGUUUGGGGGUCUAGGAGGACUGGGGGUCUCUGCUGCCCUCGCAGCUCAUCCACAACUAGGAGCCUUCACAGAAUGGUGGAGAGCAGCAGAAGCACAUGGACGGAGUUCUCCAGCCUUCUUCCCACCUUUUCUGGGUCUGCCGCCUAUGUUUGCCCCGCCGCUUCACAACCAUGAGGCCAAUCCUUACACAUCCAAAACACCCAACAAGAGCAGUCAGGCCUCCAAAGGUGUGAAUGGAGCUGUGAAUGGUCGUUCACUGUCUCCAUCUGCGGCUAAAGGAGCGGUUUCGGCUUCUGCCUCCCCCUCCCCCGCGCUCCGAAUUGUGACGCCAAACUCUGGGCUCAGUAAGAAGGAAAAGACCAGGCUGUUGGAGGCCAAAGACUUCCGUGGAGGCCUGCUGGGCAGUGCACCUUUAGAGCCCUCUCCUCCAGUGCACCUGCAUCGCUCUCCACCUCCUCCAGGCCUGUCUCAACCCCCUCUGCUAUCUCUAUCGGGCAGCAGAGCCAGGGAAAGACCCCUCCACACCAGUGUCAUCCAGUCCACUGGCCUGGCUGCAGCAUCGCACCUCCUCUCCAAAAACCGCAUCAGCCACUACCAAGCCCCUCACUUCCUCACCUCAGCCCCUCCCACUCUCGUUAUGCCCCUCCCCCAAACCACUCUCACUCCCCCACCCCUCCCCCUGUCUUCUUCUCCCAAACCUCCCCCUCUCACCCCUUCCCUCAAAGCGCAGUCUCAAGCUUCCUCCCAGAAGCCCCAAUCUCCAGCGCUGGAUGCUCUGACCAGCAGGAAGAUUCUGGAAAGUUCUCUGGCACAAGUCACUGCUGACUACAGGCUGAAACAGGCCGGUGUCCACAUUUUCAUUUUCCAGAAAAGCAAACCAGCUAAAGCAAAUUAUCCACAGUUUGUGUCCGUAUCUUUUAAGCCAAUUUAG